UAACUCUAAUUAGACUGAAAUAUAUUUUUUUAAUCGUGGAAGAUGCAGGAAAUGGUGCCUUUCUUUUUGGCGCUGGUCCUCUGCGUUCGCGCGACUGUCCCACAUCCGAGGAAUGGCCCUUGUCAUCCAAACCCCUGCCACAAUGGAGGACUCUGUGAGAGCAGUGAGACGCAGCAGAGGGGAGACGCCUUGGCCGGCUAUCUGUGCAGAUGUCCUCAUGGCUUCGAUGGAGGACUCUGCCAAAACAAUGUUAAUGAGUGUGCAAAAAACCCUUGCAAAAAUGGAGGCAUCUGUACCGAUUUAGAGGCAAACUACACUUGUGAUUGCCCCGGAGAAUACAUGGGCAGGAAUUGCCAGUACAAGUGUUCGGGCCCUCUGGGCAUGGAGGGUGGCAUCAUCUCGAACCAGCAGAUCACCGCCUCCUCCACCCAGCGAGCCAUGCUUGGUCUGCAGAAGUGGUACCCGUAUUUUGCCCGUCUCAACAGGAAAGGCAUAGUCAACGCAUGGAGCGCGGCAGAGAACGACCACUGGCCUUGGAUUCAAAUAAACCUGCUGAGGCGAAUGAGGCUGACUGGUGUGAUCACGCAAGGAGCCAAGAGGAUGGGUAAACCGGAGUUCGUCAAGUCCUACAAAGUGGCCUUCAGCGAGGAUGGAGAGACCUGGACCAUGUUUAUCGACAGGGGAACAAACGGGGACAUGGAAUUCAGUGGAAACAGUGACAACAACUCCCCCUCGGCCAACUCCUUCACACCCCCCAUUGAGGCGCAGUACAUCCGCAUUUACCCACAAGUCUGCAGGGGACACUGCACCCUUCGCAUGGAGCUCCUGGGCUGUGAACUCACAGGCUGCUCUGAGCCAAUGGGGAUGAAGACGGGCCACAUCCAGGACUUCCAGAUCAGCUCCUCCAGCAUCUACCAGACCCUCCACAUGGACAACUUCUCCUGGGUGCCGGGCAAGGCCCGCCUGGACAAGCAGGGCAGGGUCAACGCAUGGGCCUCCGCCGCCAACGACCAGGCCCAGUGGCUACAGGUGGACAUGCUGCUCCCCACCAAGGUCACGGGCAUCAUCACGCAGGGCGCUAAGGACUUUGGCCGUGUGCAGUUUGUGGGCUCCUUCAAAGUCGCUUUCAGCAACGACGGGGAGAAGUGGACGGUCUACCAGGACGAGUCACAGCAGAAGGAUAAAGUUUUCCAAGGUAACUUCGAUAACGAGACACACAGGAAGAAUGUGAUGGACCCGCCCAUCUAUGCCAGGUUUAUCCGGAUCAUUCCGUGGUCAUGGUACGGUCGGAUAGCGCUACGGACCGAGCUCCUCGGGUGCACAGAGGAGGAAGAGUAGUGAGCUGCUUUUCUCCUUCUUCAUCCAGAGACUGUGUAAAUUAAAAACAAAUCACCUUGUAAACAUGAUCUGUGGUUGUAUGUAUGUUGUAUGUAUACGGACAUGUAUUGUAUACAUACAGAUGUGAUGUUUUAUGUUAUUUUCAGAAUGUACGUUUCUGUAUGAAUGAUUUUGAAAGGGCUUUCCCCCAUGUGUUCUCUGAAGUGAUUUACUGACACAGCAGUCACAGUUGUGGUCAUCAUAUCUGAAGGAGCCCAGUAAUAUUUAAUACUAUUUCAAAGCCUAUUGCUACAUUGGUUGAUGUUGUGUACUUGUACUGCCAUUUUUAAUGUACAGUUUAUAAUAGCUUACAUGGUUCGUCUUUGAAAAUACUAAUAAUAAAAACUUAUGUGGUUGAGAGACUGAAAAUGUUACGGUAUGUGCUAAGUGCAUGUGGAACAUAACACCAAACCGAGUAAGGAAUGUAUUUCUGAAAUGUCUUUUUCUCAAAAUUACGCAUCCCUAAAAUGUAAUAAUACUCAAGGUCCUCAUCUCUGAAUGUCAGACUAGCUUCUAGUUUCUUUUUUUAAACUAUUAUAUGACUGCUUCAAUGGCACAUCUCAGUGUUACUAGACUUUGUAGUGUGUUUAACCUUUGGUUUUAGGUAGGUUCCAGUUCAUCAGACUUGUUUUCAUAUUUUACAUCUCUCUUUUUGCAACGGCACAUUGUAUUUAGAGUUGCAUAGAUUUCCCCUUUUGUUUCUUACAGUAUAUAGAUAAGUGAUUGUAUGUGCUGCACUUUUUUAAAAAGGUCUGAAUGUGAAUAACUGUUGUUUGUAUUGAUUUGAUUUGAUGAUCUACUUCACUCAUAUCAAUAGCAUAGAAUUUUGGUUUGUUUCAUACAGUAGAUUUUCUAUUAUUAUUUCGAUUUUUGAUUCUGUUUACUGAAGAUGAUAAUUUUAUCGUUGCAUAAUAUAAACAGAUAUUAAGAAUAGUACAUCAUUCCUCCUGUAGAGUGUUAUAUACGAUCUAACACUUUGUUGCAAUCUAUGGUGGUAAUAAAUGCUGUACACAGGGGUGAACAAAGUUUA